AUGCCUCCACUGAGACCUUUAUGUCGAGCCUGCGGUUUGAGCAGCAGAGCAGCAGCAGGGCCAUCCCGCUUGCCACUCUCCCGAUUAUUCUCGGCCCUGUCGCCUCGUCAGCCCGAAUCCACCCCGUUCUUUUCUCCGCCAUACCGACCCUCGCCGCCGAGCUCUUACAGUCGGAAGGGCAAGGAAAGAGCUGUGGAAGGGAGAAGAGGAGAUGAAGAAGAUCCAGAGUUGGAAGUGAGCGACAAGGAGUGGGAGAUGCGAGUUGGGAAGGCUAUGCUGCAUCUACAGACCACCCUGCCUCACUUCUUUCGUCCAGACGAGGGUGGAGUGGAGAUGUGCCCACCUGAAGUGUUCAGCAGGAAUAUGGUCCUCAAGCUGCCAGCUCCGUUCCCUGUCAAGAUCUCGUCCCUCGCUGGCUAUUCUAUGGCUCACACCCUCACGCGAAAUGGCAUGUCAGCCCUCUUCGCCGACCUCACCUGUUCCCUCGACCGCAUGUCCUUCUCACCCUCGCCUCAAGCAGCAGGCGCACCCGCCGCUGCCUUCUUCACGAAGCGUCUCCCUUCUCAUCGGCAUAAACAGGUCCGCGUCUUGCUCUCUAUCCGCGGAACACCUCGACUACCACCUCACAAUGAAGCACUAUGGCAUACUUCCUCCCUGUAUACAUUCUCCCCUUACUCUGGCCUCAUCUCGGUACAUGAAGUCGAGACGAUCCGGCCGCUGCCGGGAGAAGGCGUAGGGGAGUGGGUCAUGUCCCGCGUGCUGGGGUGGACGAGCCGGCAUGCGCUGGAAGGUGGAGGUGGAGGUAUACCUAUACCGAGUCGGGCGGCGGUAGGUCCGCGGAGAGGGCGGAUUGAGCGGAAAGAGGAAGAAUAG